AUGUCACGGCGAGGUACUGUAGAAGAAAAAACCGCAAAAUCCGAUCCAAUUUAUCGUAAUCGAUUAGUUAACAUGUUGGUUAACCGUAUUCUGAAACACGGAAAAAAAUCAUUGGCUUAUCAAAUUAUUUAUCGAGCUAUGAAAAAGAUUCAACAAAAGACAGAAAUAAAUCCACUAUCUGUUUUACGUCAAGCAAUACGUGGAGUAACUCCCGAUAUAGCAGUAAAAGCAAGACGUGUAGGCGGAUCUACUCAUCAAGUUCCCAUUGAAAUAGGAUCCACACAAGGAAAAGCACUUGCCAUUCGUUGGUUAUUAGGGGCAUCCCGAAAACGUCCGGGUCGAAAUAUGGCUUUCAAAUUAAGUUCCGAAUUAGUGGAUGCUGCAAAAGGGAGUGGCGAUGCCAUACGCAAAAAGGAAGAGACUCAUAGAAUGGCAGAGGCAAAUAGAGCUUUUGCACAUUUUCGUUAA